AUGAUGUUGAGAUCUGAACUUCUACUAUACUUAUCAUUUAUGUCUGUCUGCAUCAUCGACCAGAAGAUAUUCAUGCAGUCCUACCGUGGAGGUUCCAGGAGAACAGACUCCGGCAUCAACUCAACAACCACCGUCGAAGCCUUAUCCCUGGAAGGCUCUAAUGGACUUGGCAGCAACGCUGUCUACAACUCUCUUCGAGUCUUUACCACUGCCACACCGCAAAUGUCAAUGCUCUCGGCCAUAGGUAAUUCUGCUAUCCCUCCCUUCGCCGGCUCUGAAGCAACUUUUUCUACUACCUACACAUUCACCAUUGCCUUCCCCGAUGAGCAACCCGGCCAGUCAUCAAUCCUACCUAGCCUGAAGUAG